CCUAAAAGCAAUAGACGAUUAGACGCGUCUUAUUUGAUUUCAGCGUCGUCACUUCAUUGCCUUUUCCGCCCACCAUUGACGACUAAAUCUCUCCCAAUUCGAUUCAUCUGAAACUAACUUCCAUUUUAGGGCUCAUCCAGUUGACUAAAAUCUAAUUAAAAACUACCUCAAUCGAUCUGCAAUUCUUGAGCCUUCAAUUUUGUAGAUCUAAUUGAAGUUCCGUGUUCGAGCUCAAGCUCAAGCUAAACACCACAAAACCUGGUUAAUCGAGAUAAUUUAAGCAAAUAUUGCUCCCUUGAUGGCAUCAACUACUUCGUCUUCAGCAUCUCAUGGUGGAGCUUGAGGGUUUUGUUGUUGUCUGUGGUGUCAACGCGUUUUCUUAUUGAUGGCGGCGCCGAGGAAUAUCGUCGUGGAGACUGGAAAGUUGAUGAAGGAUGAAGAGACUGCCGAAGAUUCCCCUACGAGUAAGAAGCCUAUAGGUGCCAAAUUAGACGGGAGGUUUCCGCUGACUGGAUGGGAAUUUACGGUGGCCUUUAGUGUUUUCUUGGUGUUUUCCACUGGGUUGUUCUGCAUUUAUCUCACAAUGCCAGCUGCUGAGUAUGGCAAACUUAAGCUGCCUCGCUCCAUAUCGGAUCUGAGAAUGCUCAAAGAUGAGCUUGGAAUAUAUGCGAACAUUUACCCAACAAAGUUCAUUCUGGGCUACUGCUCAACUUACAUAUUCAUGCAAACAUUUAUGAUUCCUGGAACCAUUUUCAUGUCGUUACUUGCUGGAGCCCUUUUUGGUGUAAAAGGCAUCUUCUUGGUUGUCUUUAAUGCCACUGCUGGUGCAUCAUCCUGCUAUUUUCUGUCAAAGUUAAUUGGAAGACCCAUAGUCUCCUGGCUAUGGCCAGAAAAGUUAAAAUUCUUUCAGACAGAGAUAGCAAAGCGUGGAGACAAGCUGCUAAAUUAUAUGCUAUUUCUAAGGAUAACUCCAACCUUACCAAACCUUUUCAUUAAUUUGGCAUCUCCAAUUGUGGAUAUUCCAUUUCAUGUCUUCUUUUUGGCUACAGUUGUCGGCAUCAUCCCAGCCUCUUAUAUUACCGUCAGGGCUGGGCUUGCUCUUGGAGAUCUGAAGUCUGUUAAAGAUCUAUAUGAUUUGAAGACAUUAACUGUACUUUUCCUCAUUGGAUCCAUCUCCAUACUGCCAACACUCUUAAAGAGGAAACGGAUAUAUGAAUGAACCAAAUAUAGAUAAACACACACCAUUCUACUCUCACAUUUCAUCAAGACAUUGAUUGCCCUAUUAUAUAUGUACACCCAUACAAGAGGAUGGGCAUAAUGUAUACGGAGACUGUAAACUAAAUGUAGACCCACGGAAGGAUUCCGAAUAUGUUAACCUCUAUUAUACUUGUUAUAUGUAUGUCAAACAAUCUUAUGUCGAUUAUAUUUCUAUUCACGCUA